AUGUGUAUUGAACAAUUACACUAUGGUGAUAUUUUGAAUUCAGCUCAAUCAGAUGUCUCAUCAGUAGCAAUGCCUCAGUCUAUCCGAUCUGAUCCGAAGUUGUUUAAAGAUGAUGUUGACAUUAAAUUCAGUCAUACAUUGAACUCUUGUAAAGUUCCUCAGAUUCGAUAUGCAACUGUUAGUCGCCUGUUGGAUCGUCUGACAGAUGCUAGAUUCUUGUCGAUUGAUUUUUUGAAUACAUUUCUUCUUACCUAUCGUGUAUUUACUACUGGUCUCUCGGUGAUAUGGUCAUUGAAUCAAGUAUUGGCGAAUCCAGAUGUGGAGAACAGUACUGGUUCUAAUAAUAGUUCAAUGGGUCAAAAUCAAAACCAAUCCUUUACUUAUUCUCAUUUUGAUAAUCCUGAACCACGUGACCCGUUGAGUAUGCAAAGGCCGUCAGAAAUUUCAUUGACAACAACUACUACUACUACUACGAAUCGAUUGCCAGUACUAGAAGAAGCUGUGAACAGUCGACUAGAUGAUGCCUCGCCUAGUCCUAAUUCAAACUCUCAGACAGACGAUAAUAGAUGUGAAUUACAUCACAGCAAUAAUACGGUGGAUGGAAAUCCAGUCGAAUUGACAACAACACAACAGCCAUCCAGUAGACUGGAACAUACAACAACGACAACUAAUACUGAGGUGUCUAAUGCCUCCGUCACUACAGUGAAAUCUCAAAAGAAGCUACUUCCAAGUCCAAUAUCUACCUCAGACAUGAAUCAUUCAACUACUGUAUCAGGUCAAGAAUAUAAUCCCGGUUGUAUGAGUCGUUCAGAGAUUGGAGAUAGUCGUAGUUUUUUCUCAGAGAAACAAUUCUGUAAAAGUUUCAUGAAUAGAAGUUUCCACUCAUCAUCAUCAGCAUCAUCAACGUCAUCAACAACAACAACAUCAGCGCCAGCAUCAAUGGCAGUCAAAAGUCCUAUAAUUAACACAACACAAUCGACAACUGUCCUUAUUCCACGUUCACCUGUAUAUAGUACACUGGUGGAUUUACGAGAUGAUCCGCCACUGGAGUUACCUAUCCUUCCUAACCCUAAGACGUCGGAGAAAAAGCAACAACCUCGUGAAAGUAAAGAUACAGGCAAGGAGACAUCUUCAUCAACUCCCAUAUCGUCUCAUGAUGAUAUUGAUGAAGGCACCGGUACAGUGAAAGGACAUGCACGUUUAGCACCAUUAGCUUCAUGUGAAGUAAUUCCAGAUGAAACAGAUACAACAAGCAUUUCAAAACAAGAAUCUGUCAAAGAUUUCAAAACUUCUUUAUCAUCUAAAGAGAAUAUCGCCAGUCAUGAGGAUAGUUGUCAACAAGAAGCCAGGGAGAACAGUAUAACUACUACUACGACAACCACUCAUGUUGAUCGCGAAAAUUCGACAACUGUACAUAAUACAACUACCAGUCAUUUAGACAGUCAGCUGGAUAAAACUGAUGGCAUAGUAAGUCAACGUGAAAUCCAACCAAAUGUUGAACAUGGCAAAGAAAAGCUCAGUGGUGUAAGACGAGAGAAAAGUGAAGAUGAGACACAUUCUUCUAAGCAGAGUGAAUCGACAAAUACAUCGAAAUCAGAUAUUGAAAUUUCUGUUUCAUAUGAAAAUCAACCAAAGGAAUAUUUGAAUUAUGCGCCAAUGAAUAAAAUCAAUACUCAAAAUAUUGAAAGUAGACAUUUUAAACAAACAACAGAUCAAUUAUCAAUUUUAAAUAGUCAACAAUUUAGUCAUAGUUGGACAACAAUUAAUCGGAUUGCAUGUAAACAUGAUACCGACGACUACAACGACUGUGACGAUGAUGUUGGUGAUGACGAUGAUGGCGUUACAGAGGAUGAUGUUGCUGUUUACAAUCAUCAUGAAAAUGACACACCCAGGCAGGAUAAUACUGACAGUAGAAUAAAACAUGCGGAAGAUUGUCAAAAAUUGAAAAAAUCUCCCUUAUCAGUAACUAAUUUAAAGGAUAAUGAUAGACUGUUGGAGAGUUAUUUAAAUCAAACUAUUGGUUCAUCAUUGUUGGCCACAGAGAACAAUUAUGAUCGACAACCUCAACAACAACAACAGCAACAACAACAACAGUCGUCAGGGAAUUGUGAGAAGGCGGCCAGUGAUGAUAAUACACCCCAAGAUAAAGACAGAACCGAGUCAAUAAACUGUACAAAUCCUGUGAAACCUGCAAAUUCAACAAAACAACAGUCAACAGUGAAUUUCAAACCUCAUCCCCCAAGUCACCCGUCGCAGAAAUACUUCCCAGUCGCUGAGAGUUUAGAUUUAGCUACCCGGCUGACAGCAAUUACAAAAUCACCGAAAUCAUUCUCCGCUUGCCAAUCACUCGCCAAACAUACAAUGAUUGCAGCGCUGAACUGUUCUCGAGCAUUCACCGGUUUACAAAAAACAACAGCCAAUGAGAAUCGUAGUUCUGAUGGCGGUGUAAACAGUAGCAUACAGUCGAAAUAUUUAGAGGAUAACUAUCCAGAAUUUAAAGAAAUCAUCCGCUCGUCGCCGUCUAGUCCGAAGAAGUAUUCAGAAGGAUCUGUGAUGAAGAAUAAAAAUACAAAACCAAAUGUAAACAUUCAUGAUACCUCACAAACACAUGAAAAUGAAAAUAUCAAAAUAUCUCCAAAGUUUUCCACUGACAGUAGAACAACUCCAGAAAUUAUUUCAACACGUGAAAGUCAAACAGAGGCUAGACGAUCUGUUCCAAGUUUCAAGUCAAGUAGACCUAUCAGUUCAGUUGAAGUAAUAAGACAAAAGAAAACAGAUACUGUUGUCAAUGAACAACGUAAACUUGUACGUAAAGUCAACAAAGGACAAGAUUCAAAUACCUCAGAAGAAGGUAGACACCAUCAAGAAACUCUUCAGCCAUCAUCGUCUUCAGCAAAUAACAAUAGCCAGACUGUACCAUCUGAUAUUAUGAUUCGAUAUGCAACAGUUAGUCGCCUGUUGGAUCGUCUCACGGAUGCUAGAUUCUUGUCAAUCGAUUUUUUGAAUACAUUCCUUCUUACCUAUCGUGUAUUUACUACUGGUCUCUCGGUGAUAUGGUCAUUGAAUCAAGUAUUGGCGAAUCCAGAUGUGGAGAACAGUACUGGGUCUAAUAAUAGUUCACUGGGUCAAAAUCAAAACCAAUCAUUUACGUAUUCUCAUUUUGAUAAUCCUGAACCACGUGACCCGUUGAGUAUGCCAAGGCCGUCAGAAAUUUCAUUGACAACAACAACUACUACUACUACGAAUCGAUUGCCAGUACUGGAAGAAGCUGUAAACAGUAGACUAGAUGACACCUCUCCUAGUCCUAAUUCAAACUCUCAAACAGACGAUAACAGAUGUGAAUUACAUCACAGUAAUAAUACGGUCGAUGGAAAUCCAGUCGAAUUGACAACAACACAACAGUCAUCCAGUAGACUGGAACAUACGACAACGACAACCACUAAUACUGAGGUGUCUAACGCCUCCGCCGUCAGUACAAUAAAAUCUCAAAAGAAGCUACUUCCAAGUCCAAUAUCUACCUCAGACAUGAAUCACUCACCUAAUGUAUCAUCAGGUCAAGAAUAUAAUCCCGGUUGUAUGAGUCGAUCAGAGAUUGGAGAUAGUCGUAGUUUUUUCUCAGAGAAACAAUCCUGUAAAAGUUUCAUGAAUAGAAGUUUCCACUCAUCAUCAUCAUCGACGUCAUCAACAACAACAGCAACAUCAGCGCCAGCAUCAAUGGCAGUCAAAAGUCCUAUAAUUAACACAACACAAUCGACAACUGUCCUCAUUCCACGUUCACCUGUAUAUAGUACACUGGUGGAUUUACGAGAUGAUCCACCGCUGGAGUUACCUAUCCUUCCUAACCCUAAGACGUCGGAGAAAAAGCAACAACCUCGUGAAAGUAAAGAUACAGUCAAGGAGACAUCUUCAUCAACUCCCAUAUCGUCUCACGAUGAUAUUGAUGAAGGCACUGGUACAGUGAAAGGACAUGCACGUUUAGCACCAUUAGCUUCAUGUGAAGUAAUUCCAGAUGAAACAGAUCCAACAAGCCUUUCAAAACAAGAAUCUGUCAAAAAUUUCAAAACUGCAUUAUCACCUAAAGAGAAUAUUGCCAGUCAUGAGGAUAGUUGUCAGCGUGAACCCAGGAAGGAAAGUAUAACUGCUACGACUACCACUCGCGAAAAUUCUACAACUAUACAUAAUACAACUACCAGUCAUUUAGACAGUCAGCUGGAUAAAACUGAUGGUUUAGUAAGUCAAUGCGAAAUCCAACCAAAUGUUGAACAUGGCAAAGAACAACUCAGCGGUGUAAGACGCGAGAAAAGUGAAGAUGAGACACAUUCUUCUAAGCAGAGUGAUUCGACAAAUACAUCGAAAUCAGAUAUUGAAAUUUCUGUGUCAUAUGAAAAUCAGCCAAAGGAAUAUUUAAAUUAUGCGCCAAUGUCUAAAAUCAAUACUCAAAACAUUGAAAGUAGACAUUUUAAACAAACAACGGAUCAAUUAUCAAUUUUAAAUAGUCAACAAUUUAGUCACAGCUGGACAACAAUUAAUCGUAUUGCAUGUAAAAAUGAUACCGACGACUACAACGACUGUGACGAUGAUGUUGGUGAUGACGAUGAUGGCGUUGCAGAGGAUGAUGCUGCUGUUUACAAUCAUAAUGAAAAUGACACACCCAGGGAGCAUAACACUGAUAGUAGAAUAAAACAUGCGGAAGAUUGUCAAAAAUUGAAAAAAUCUCCUUUAUCAGUAACUAAUUUAAAGGAUAAUGAUAGAUUGUUGGAGAAUUAUUUAAAUCAAACUAUUGGUUCAUCACUGUUGGCCACAGAGAACAAUUAUGAUCGACAACCGCAGCAACAGCAGCAACAACAACAGUCGUCAGGGAAUUGUGAGAAGGCAGUCAGUGAUGAUAAUACGUCACAAGAUAAAGACAGAUCCGAGUCAAUAAACUGUUCGCAUCCCGUGAAACCUGCCAGUGCAACGAAACAACAAUCAACAGUGAAUUUCAAACCUCAUCCCCCCAGUCACUCCUCGCAGAAAUACUUUCCAGUCGCUGAAAGUUUAGAUUUAGCUACCCGACUGACAGCAAUUACAAAAUCACCGAAAUCAUUCUCCGCUUGCCAAUCACUCGCCAAACAUACAAUGAUUGCAGCGCUGAACUGUUCUCGAGCAUUCACCGGUUUACAAAAAACAACAGCCAAUGAGAAUCGUAGUUCCGACGCCGGUGUAAACAGUAGCAUACAGUCGAAAUAUUUAGAGGAUAACUAUCCAGAAUUUAAAGAAAUCAUCCGCUCGUCGCCGUCUAGUCCGAAGAAAUAUUCAGAAGGAUCUGUGAUGAAGAAUAAAAAUACAAAACCAAAUGUAAACAUUCAUGAUGCCUCACAAACGCAUGAAAAUGAAAAUAUCAAAAUAUCUCCAAAGUUUUCCACUGACAGUAGAACAACUCCAGAAAUUAUUUCAACACGUGAAAGUCAAACAGAGGCUAGACGAUCCGUUCCAAGUUUCAAGUCAACCAGACCUAUCAGUUCAGUUGAAGUAAUAAGACAAAAGAAAACAGAUACUACUGUGAAUGAACAACGUAAACUUUUACGUAAGGCCAACAAAGGACAAGAUUCAAAUAACUCAGAAGAAGGUAGACACCAUCAAGAAACUCUUCAGGCAUCAUCGUCUUCAACAAAUAACAAUAACCAGACUGUACCAUCUGAUAUUAUGGUAAAAGAACGACAAGAUUCAUUAAUCCCUCACCAGUUGGGAAUUGGUGAUUGUGCCAGGGGCUCCGUUGUAUCUUGGUCUGGUGUAUCACAUAUUUCAAAGCCUAAACGUCCUUCAGUUUUCUCUUGUCCUGAAGCAGAAUUUGAAUCCCCAAGAUCAAGUGUUAUACAUCCAUCGUUAAGUGAACUAGCUUCGAACAAGCGUACUCGACCAGGUGCAGUAGUCACGUCUUCAAGAAGAUCGAAACGACGGUCGAGCAAUACUGCAGCUGCUCAAGCCUUUGCUGUCGCCACAGCCGGCAGUGCAAACCCUUUAGCUGCUGUCGGUAUCAUGGGUUUAGGUCCAAAUCUAUUUCGUCCAGGUGGAUAUCGUUUCUCUGCAGGUACAGCAACAGCUGCAGCUGCACAAGUUGGUCUACGAUCAGGAUCAAGUUCUCUUUCAGGUAGUAGUACAAGUAUUGCUGUCUCAUCGGCGGUAACAAGUCGUUCCUCUGCCCAGAGUACUUCUACUACUAGUAUGUAUCCUAGUAUUUCAACUGGUGCCAAUAAUCCAGUGUCACAAUCAGCAAUGGGAACGAUGACGACAACGACGCCGCCGCCGCCACCGGGAGGACCAACAUUAACCAGCACAGUGAAUUCAUCGUCACUGGUUCAAACAACACCACCGACAGUCAACACAGCCUUGCGUUAUAAUAUUGGCAGGAAUGGUUUGAAUACAACGACAAGUAAUCCGUCAGUAUCAGCAAAUAAUACAUUCAGCUUUCAUUCAUACAAUCUAACAAGUCCAACAUUAAUUCAACAUUCAUCUGGUGGUGUUGGUGUUCCCGCGGGGACAACAUCUCAUCAUUGUACAAAUCAGGCUAAAAGGAAUACAAUGUUGGCUACAGCAUCAUGUCUCCGUGUGUUGAAUGUUGUAAGACAUUGGAUAACUAAAUUUCCUGAUGAUUUUCAAAGUGAUUCAGUUUUAAAACGUGAAAUGCAAACCCUUUUGGAUGCUCUGGUCACAUGUCCACAUUUAAUGCCCAAUGAUCAAAAAGUGGCUGGUCAAUUGUUACUUCAAAUGAUCUCUGAUCAAUUGGUACAUGAUCGGAUUGAUCUUGAUAGCAUAUUAACUCCAACACAGAUCCCAUCAGAGAAGAAUUUUGAUCAGUUGUCCGCGCUGGAUAUCUCUGAACAGUUAACGUUCCUGGAUUUUCAAAUAUUUCGAUCGAUACGAAGCGAAGAAUUACUCAAUCAGUCUUGGAUGAAAUUGGACAAAGAGGAGAAGGCCAAGCAUGUCCUGUUGGUUUGUAAACGUUUUAAUGAGGUCAGUCGUCUAGUCGUCUCCGAAAUUAUAUCCCGUACAGAUCUGAACGACAGAGUUAUGUGUAUUGAUAAAUGGGUAGCUAUAGCUGAUAUCUGUCGAUGUAUGCAAAAUUACAAUGGUGUCCUGCAAAUCUGUGCUGCACUGGUAAAUAGUUCUGUCUACCGGUUGAAAAGAACAUGGGAAAGAGUAAGCAAGCAGACGAAACAGUCAAUUGAUCGACUGCAAAUGCUUGUAGCCUCAGAUGGACGAUUCAAGUCAAUGCGUGAAGCAUUGCACAGAUGUGAUCCUCCGUGUAUCCCAUAUUUGGGAAUGUAUUUAACAGAUUUGUCGUUUAUUGAAGAGGGUGCUUUAAAUAUAACUGAAAACAAUUUGGUCAAUUUUUGUAAAAUGCGUAUGAUUGCCCAUGUGAUACGUGAAGUUCAACAAUAUCAUCAGACUCCAUAUCUUAUAACUCAUAGACGAGAGGUAACGGAUUAUUUACUUGAUCCAACACGGUUGCUAGAUGAAGAACAAACCUAUCAAGCAUCAUUGAUUAUAGAACCAAGACAAUCAAUUAAUCGACAACCUCCAACUAGCCUGUCAUAGUCAAUUUCAUUAACAAAACUCUCCAUCCAACUAGCUAUAUGAACAGUUCUCAUCAAAGAUUGAUUUUCUGUAUACAUUUAUGUAAAAAUUUAAUUUAUAAAAUAGCAUGUAUGAUCUUAAAGAUGAACUGUUUUUUCGUUAUUUUGUUUCUUAUUUUCUGAUGUCUAUCAAACACAAACACACACACACGCUGAUAUGUUUGCGCCAUUUGAGAUUCCAGCAAACUUUGUAAUCCCCUUCUUUUCAAUGUCUUUAUUCUUUUUGUGUAUUGCCCCUUACCCCUCCUCACCAGCUGUGCAUACAUAAUAAAUUUAUUGAGAUGAAAGAUGAGAAAUUAAAACAUAAAAACCAAGCUACCCUUUGAGCACUCUUAUCAUCAAUAUUAUUGUAAAAAAUUAAAUACAUAUAUACAUAUUCGUAUUUAGGUGUUGUUGUCGCUCUUAUUUUUAUCUGUCUCCCUCUUUUUUGUAUUCUACUUUAUUUCCGCUGAUUUUGUUUUACUGCAUCAAAGAGUAGAAUUAUCGAUCAUUUAUUUUUGAGCGCCAUUUUUGAAUUCUCAUUUCAUUCCAAUUAUUAUUUGUUGUCGUCGAUGUUGCUAUGGUUUCCUCUGUCUAUUUGCGAUUGGAUGAUAAAAAUAAUGUUAGUGUCUCAAUUACUCACUUAUUCACCUACUUACUGAAUUAAAAAUUAAUCAUUACUGUCUCGUGUGUAAGUGUGUGUGUCUUAGAGUUGGAGUCAUCUUUACUCAUGUUCUUUCUUAGUCUUUCUUUC